GAAUUCGGCGCCACUGCAGUGGCACGCCAGCCAUCAAUGACUCGAACUGCCUGUGUUGCCUUAACGGCCAAAUUUGAAUACUGACUGUUGUACCAAUUCAUCAAGUCACCACAGCUAACACGGACGGCGCGCGAGAUUUUGCGUGUGGGCACUUACAAAAUGUCGCAGUCCCGAUUGACCCCUCCGCCGCGGUCUGACGAGGCGCAAGCCCGCGCCUCCCUCACUCCGGAGCAGGUGAGGAGGAUAGAGAUCAACCGUCUGAAAGCAAAAGCGCUUCGAGAGCAACGAGAAGCAGAGGCCGCUACAGAGUCAAGGCUCCGGACGCCGGAUGCCUCGGUCGCAGGCCAGAAGCGCAGGUACGGCACAUUCUCCGGUGUCCCGGCGACGAUUCGCGAUGCCAGGACGGAUGGCGACCCAGGUCGUCCGCUGGAGGCAAUCCGGCCGGCGCGGAAUUUCACAAAAUACGUCGAUUAUGACUUCAGUAAGAUGGCGGAUACAAAGGGUGGGUUUCUGACAGCAGACGAUGAUCCUCAUAACAAGGCCAUGCAUGCCGAUGAGCAGGACAACAAGCCUGCGCACAUGACCCAAAAGGAGUGGGAAAGACAGCAACUUCUAAAAUCUUUGCGCAAUCAGAAGGCUGGACCAUUCGAACCAGGAAUCAGUGCCGUCAGAGAUGAGACUACUCAAUCAUGCCGGGAAUGUGGUACUCUGGAGGUGGAUUGGAAGUGGCUUGAUGUUUUUGGUCUUGCCGUCUGCAAUGCCUGCAAAGAAAAGUACCCUGAAAAGUACAGCCUGCUCACCAAGACCGAGGCCAGAGAAGAUUAUCUUCUUACGGAUCCUGAGUUGAAGGACGAAAAGCUUCUCCCGCACCUUGAGAGGCCGAAUCCACACAAGUCAACUUGGCACAACAUGUUUCUGUAUUUGAGGUGUCAAGUGGAAGAAUAUGCAUUUUCAGAAAAGAGGUGGGGUUCUCCGGAGGCAUUAGACGCCGAGUUCGAGAGACGAGAGGAGGAGAAAAAGAGACGAAAAGAGAAUAAAUUCAAGUCCAAACUCGCCGACUUGAAAAAGCGGACAAGAGUGGAAGCACAUCAGCGCAGCCGGAAAGGCGGUGGUGGGAACUUCGGGGACGACUUAGGGGACGGGAAGCACGUCCACGAAUUUGGACUGCCGGUGGACAACCCUGAGAGUGGGAUCACUCUGAAGAAGUGUGUAAUAUGUGGGCUGGAAGUCGAAGAACUAGACCUGUAGCAGUAGUAUUCUUGCCUUUUGAUGUUCAACAUGCCUCAUUAUGGUUGGGUUGGCAUCGAACCAAUAUUCACUGAAUAACAACUCUUACCCAGAGCAUGAUUCUUCUGAGCCUCUC